ACCUGAAACCUCCCCGGAGCCGCAGUCUCCGCGCCGGGCGGCCUGGGAAAGUCACCAGUCAGCAGCGCAGUGGCGGGAACCGCAGCCCGGCGGCCCUGGAACCUCCCAGGGUUUGUUGACAUUCAGUGCUGUGACUGUGGACUUGUAGGUGGAGUGGGAAUGCUUUGACCCUGCUCACUGGGCUUAUUGCAGAGAUCUCCUGUUGGAGAAUUGCAGCAGUCUGGAUUCUGAAGUUCCAGGUGCUUUCUGAAGAACCUCUUUCUCCUAUGCAGCCUCACAAGGUCGGUCAGUCCUGCUCACCUGUGCAUCAGAACAAAGAGCCCUGGAUGGAGAAGAGAGAGGAGACAGUAGCAAAGGAUCCAGAUUUGCAUUUUUGACAAGUUGAUAUGAAAUUUCAACAAGAAUUCCAGUCUUUGUUUCUGCAAGAGAAACUCAGAGAAGAACAACAAGAACAAUGAAUGCUUCUGUGGCUAAUGCUCCCCAGGGUCUGUUAUCAUUCAGGGAUGUGGCUGUGGACAUCUCGCAGGAGGAAUGGGAAUGUCUAGAUUGUGCUCAGAAGGCUUUGUACAUGGAUGUGAUGUUGGAGAAUUACAACAAUCUACUCUUUGUGGAGAACCAUUGCAUAUGUGGUAAAUAUGGGAAGGUCUUGCAUCAAGACACAAAGCACUUCAUCCAUGAUCAUGAAAAUGUCAAAGAGAAGUCUUAUAAAUGUAAUGAGUUUGGGAAAGUGAUUCAUGAAUUCUGCCAAUGUAGAUCUUAUAACACAAGUGAUACUGCAGAAAAUUACAAGUACAGCUUUUUUAACCACAGAGGUGCCUGUGUUGAAACCUUAAACCUCAACAGACACAAAAGUGGGAAUGCUGGAGAAGAACUUUGCAAAUAUAAAGACUGUGGAAACUGUUUAAAUUUGUGUCCUAUCAUUAGCCAAAAUCGAAGCACUGAUGCAGUAAAGGAAGAACACAAAAAUACAGAGUAUGAUGCAUCUUUGGACUCUAAUACAGAAAUCACACUGAAACAAACUGAUAGCAGGAAGAAACCACACCAAUGCAGGAAAUGUGGGAAAUGCUUCAAGACUCACUCAAGCCUCAUUAGACACCAGAGAGCCCAUACCAGAGACAAGUCCUAUAAAUGUGCAAAUUAUAGUAAAUUCUUUCUGCAUUUUUCACAACUCAAAGUACAUUACAAAAUCCGUUGUAGAGAAAAACUCUACAAAUGUACAGACUCUGGUAAGUGCUUUUAUCAUUUAUCAAAGUUUAAAAGACAUUGUAAGAUCCAUAUUGGAGAGAAACCUUUCAAAUGUAGUGAAUGUGACAAAUCCUUUGCCAAAAAAGGCAAUCUUAGAACUCACCAGAGAAUCCACACAGGAGAGAAACCUUUCAAAUGUAGUGAAUGUGACAAAUCUUUUACUACAAAAGACCAUCUUAGUACUCAUCAGAGAAUCCACACAGGAGAGAAACCUUUCAAAUGUAGUGAAUGUGACAAAUCAUUUACCACAAAAGACAAUCUUAGAACUCAUCAGAGAAUCCACACAGGAGAGAAACCUUUUAAAUGUAGUCAAUGUGACAAAUCCUUUACUGAGAAGGUGACAUUUACAAUUCAUCAGAGAAUCCACACAGGAGAGAAACCUUUCAAAUGUAGUGAAUGUGACAAACCCUUUACCACAAAACACCAUCUUAGAAUUCAUCGGAGAAUACACACAGGAGAGAAACCUUACCAAUGUAGUGAAUGUGACAAAUCCUUUACCACAAAAGACCGUCUUAGAAUUCAUCAGAGAACCCAUACAGGAGAGAAACCUUUCAAAUGUAGUGAAUGUGACAAAUCCUUUGCCACAAAAGGGACAUUUAGAAUUCAUCAGAGAAUACAUACAGGAGAGAAACCUUACAAAUGUAGUGAAUGUGACAAAUCUUUUAAUGAGAAGGGCCAUCUUCAAGCUCAUCAGAGAAUCCACACAGGAGAGAAACCUUACCAAUGUAGUGAAUGUGACAAAUCUUUUACUACGAAAGACCAGCUUAAAAGUCACCAGAGAAUCCACACAGGAGAGAGACCUUACAUAUGUAGUGAAUGUCACAAAUCGUUUAUCACAAAAGACCAUCUUAGAACUCAUCAGAGAAUCCACACAGGAGAGAAACCUUUCAAAUGUAGUGAAUGUGACAAAUCCUUUGCAAGUCGCCAACAACUUCGAAUACAUCUGAAAAGACAUAAAGGUGAGAAACCUUACAAAUGUAGUGAAUGUGAUAAAUCCUUUACUGAGAAAGCAGCACUUAGAAAUCAUCAGAGAACACAUACAGGAGAAAAACCUUACAAAUGUAGUGAAUGUGACAAAUUUUUUACUACAAAAAGCAGUCUUAGAAUUCAUCAGAGAAUACAUACAGGAGAGAAACCUUACAAAUGUACUCAAUGUGACAAAUCUUUUACCCAGAAUUGGACUUUUAGAACUCAUCAGAGAAUACAUACAGGAGAGAAACCUUACAAAUGUACUGAAUGUGACAAAUCAUUUACCAAAAAAGGGACAUUUAGAACUCAUCAGAGAAUACAUACAGGAGAGAAACCUUACAAAUGUACUAAAUGUGAAAAAUCCUUUACAGGGAGUGGCAGUCUUACAACUCAUCAGAGAAUCCACGCAGGAAGAAACUUUACAAAUGUAGUGAAUGUGACAAAUCCUUUACCUGGGGCUCAUCUCUUAGAAUACAUCAGAGAAUACAUACAGGAGAGAAACCUUACAGGUGUAGUGAAUGUGACAAAUUCUUUACCUGGGGCUCAUCUCUUAGAAUACAUCAGAAAAUACAUACAUUAGAGAAAGUUUAAAAAUGUAGUGAAUGUGAGAAAUCCUUUUCUGUUGGUUUACCUCUUAGAAUAUGUUCUGGGAUAUUUGAUCACACUAUGAAACCUGAGUGUUACUAAUAUCAACCUUAGAUGGGGGUAUCAUAAGUUUAUGCAGAGCGAAAAUGAAAAUGUAGGACAAUUUUCGUCAACUUUUUACCUGUUCAAUGUCAAAUACUUCAUAAUGAAGACAAAAGGCAGAAACCUCAAGUAUAUGCUGUUUAACAGUUUCCUGGAGACUGGAGUGAUACAUUCUGAGGGAAGUUGAUUAAAGCAGGGAAUACACUGCUCAAAACAGAUUCAAGAAAUCUCUGAAACUGACAGAAUUCAGUCAUCUUAACUUGAAAAAAGAGAAGUCAUGCCCCUUGGAAGAGGAUUUUAGCCAUCAAUAUAGGAUGCUCUUUAGAUAUGCCUGCAGACAGGUGUGCAGUGUAUAGUAGGGUUUAUUAUUCAUAAGCAGUAUCACAUUCUGGUUUCAAGUCAUAAUAGCAACUAUGUUUGAUUCCCUUAUGCUCAUGUAAGUAACUGCUUCCCCAUAUUCCUGUAAGCAAUUCCAAUAAAGCUCAUUGAUUCAAAAAA